CUUACGCGCUCUAAACUUGAAACUUGAUUAGACAUUUUUAGGUAAAAUGUCCCUAUCUCCAAAUAACUCACUCAGUAUUACAAAAAAACUCAAAAUAGGUUUAUCAGAUGUUUUGGGUACACCAUCUCUAUCAGCAGUGAAUGAAUAAAAUGGCCUGGUUAAAAAUGGCAUUAGAAAAGUUAUUUAAAACGCCCACUGAAGAACAAGGGUCAAUUGUGCUGUCCCAUUAGCCCUGGAGCAGGCCGCUGAGGACACUGGGAGCUGGGCCAUGAUUGGUCAAUACCAGAGAAGAGGAUGGGCCAGAUGAAUUAGUGAUAGUGGCUAAAGGCAGAUAUCCUGCAGUGAUCAAACCAGGGGUGAUCUGACAGUUUGGUGUUUGAAGUAAUUAUCAAGCUAGGCAACAUAAAAGCUUACCCCCAGCAUUGGGCCUAAUUAGCUCACUUAGCCGGCCCUUAUAAGACACUGGUGGGACACUUUGAGGGACAGUCACUCACUAAGGACACAGGGGUAGCAGCAGCAGUAGCAGGACGAACUAGGAUCCUAAAAAGUGGCUGCUACAUCCAAAACAAGUCCAACCUGAAGAUUACUGCUUUUCUGAGAAUGCCACACUUAACUGACUGCAGUUACUACACCAUGAGGGAUGCAACCAGAGCUUCAAACGUUCAGAGCCACCUGGAGAGCUCCAAGUUCCACCUGCACCAGAGCCAGUCGCAGCAGGUGAAGCAGUACCUGACGCUAGGCUCCAAAUUGGCCUCCUCAGCUGCCCCGGGACACAGCACCAUGCCUCACCCCCACACUCCGGGACAACCCAUCGCCACCGUGCCCGUCAUGAGGCAGCAUUUGGGCUCCGUGAGCGAUGGAAGCAACCCUAAUAGUCCCGUAACACUACUGACAAUGGCCAACCCAGACAGCGAGUUCCCAAUGGAUGAAGUUAUUGAUGACCUAAUUAGUCUUGAGUCCGGGUUCAAUGAUGGGGGCUUGGAUUGUAUGGAGCCCAACAUCAUAAUGCAAAACAAUGUUUCCCUCAGUAGCAGCAUGCUGGACGUCUAUGGGGGUGAACAAGAACAUGACACUAGGGUGAUGGCCAAAGAGAGGCAGAAGAAAGACAACCAUAAUCUGAUUGAAAGAAGAAGGCGAUACAACAUCAACUACAGAAUUAAAGAGCUGGGGACACUUAUACCAAAGUCCAACGACCCGGACAUGCGCUGGAACAAAGGCACCAUCUUGAAAGCCUCGGUGGAGUACAUCAGGUGGCUGCAGAAGGAGCAGCAGCACGCCCGAGAGCUGGAGAGCAGGCAGAAGAAACUGGAGCAGGCCAAUCGGAGGCUACUGCUCAGAAUCCAGGAGCUUGAAAUCCAGGCCAGAGCACAUGGCUUACCCAACAUGGCCGCACCAAUGGGGUCAGUGGAGCUGUCGUCCCAUCUCCUCAAACAACAACAACAACAGCAGCUCUCCCCCCAGGCACAGGCCCCUCCCCAGCCCCCCCUCUACCAAGAAGACCCUAACGUUGACUACCUCCAGAGGAUCGCUGUUGUCCCAACUCUCCCUAACACCGGAGCACCCCAAGAGCACUCCAUGACCACCACUGAUGGAUGCACGACCUUCUCUGAUCCGCUGUCCCACUUCACAGACUUCUUCAGUGCCACGUUAAAAGAGGAGCACAGACUGGACGACAUCCUCAUCGACGACCCCCUAUCCCCAUUUGGAACAGACCCGCUCCUGUCGGCAGGGUCGCCAGGCGCAGCGUCCAAAGACAGCAGUAGGAGGAGCAGUUUUAGCUCAGCCGAGGGAGAAGAACUUUAAUGGAUGAUAAAAUGCUGAAAGACUGAAAUCUAAAGACAUUUUAGUAUGAAGAGACAAUCCACUGCCUCCCGAAUGGACUGAAAUGGACUUAUGGGAUAAAGGGAGACACUAGCCUUAAAAUAUUGUCAAUAUUUUGUAUUUUUUAAUUUACUUAUAACACUGCGUAGUCAUACACUGUAACAUAUGUAAAUAGUCACUGAAAGUA